AUGAGCGGCGAGCCUUCCGGAGACCGCGGCGCUCCGAGUCGGUCCUUCUCCUCUUCGCGGCGCCAGGCGCGGAAGGAGGAACAGAUUUACGGCAUUUUUGCGGAAGAAGUGGAAGAAACGUCGAGUCACUUCCUCUUGGGCAGCAGCGAUGAAGACUCCGACCUGUACGCCUCUGGGAAAAAGGGGAAAACUGGAGCGAUCAAGUUCGUCAAGGGAGGUGUAUGGACGCCGACGGUCGACGGGGCGAGCACGAAGAAGAGCCGCGCGGAGACGACUGCCGCGGAUCAGCCUCAGAAGAAGAAACGUGAGAAGCCUGCGUCUGCGGACCCGAAGCCGGACGGGAGGGACGAGCCGGCCGUGUCUCUCCACGACCAGCUUUUGAAUGCUCAAGUUCUCAAGGAAGUCCUGGGCGACGCGUACGAAUCCAGUGAAGAAGAAAAUGAAGAGGCGGCAGAGGCCUCGAACGGCGAGAAGGCCGAAGACGCUCAGGACUCGCCUGCUUCGCGACCGUUAGAGGAAGGCGAAGACGCGCGCGAGGCCAAGCGGCGGAAACUGGAGGCGCCAGAGGCGGCUGAGAAAAGCGAUUCCUCCGAGUCGUCAGACAGCGACGCCGAGUCAGACAGCGACGAGGCGGGCGGGAGCGCUCGGUUCAAGUUUUCUAGCGCCAAGCAAGAUACAGACGGGACAAAGGCCGGAGACCGAGGGCCCGUCACAGUCGAGAAGAACACCUGGGGAUUCGCGAAGAUGGAGAAGACCUACGGCGUCGGAUUCAAACUCCUCCAGAAGAUGGGAUUCAAAGGCGGUGGCCUUGGCCGACACGGCACCGGCGUGGCGAAUCCCCUCGAAGUUCGCGUCAGAGAAAAAAACCGAGGUUUGCAGGACUCGGGCGAGAAGGUGGGGCGCGCGUCGAAGGGCAAAGGUUUGACGGCGCUGGACAUUCUGUUGGGGAAGAAGCGAGACGAAGGACGCGAAGGAAUCUCCGACGAGUGGAAGAAAGGCCGAGGGGCGGGCCAGGCGCCGUCGGAGCGGCGCAGACGGCGCCUGGCGCAGACGGCGUCGGAAAUCGCCGCGGAGGGGCGGCUCCAGGUGGAGCGAGCCCGCGAGAAACUCGCGGCGUCGUCCGUGCGCAUUCUCGACAUGACGGGCCCAGACGUGCGGAUCAUCCAAGACAAGCACGAGCUCGGCGAGACUCUCCGCCAGCACAAGCGGGUGGCGGACGGCGCAGCCGCGGCGGCCGAAGACGAGGACGAGUUCGUUCUCCAGGGGCUAGAGGACGGCGAGGCUCGCCGGUCUGCGCGAGUCGCCCGCGACACGCCUUUGCGCGGGCUGCAGCUUCACCUGCGUCACGUGAUUCUCGGCGUCGAAGAAGAGCUGAGACAAGUGGUUCGCGAGAAGAAGGAGCAGGAGGCCGUGCUGCUGCGGUACACGGAGCGCGGAGAGCCCGAGCAGGGGGACUCCCGAGAGGAGACAGGGCAGGAGCGGGCCGCGAACGGGCGCGGGGCGUCGCCCGACCAGGUGAUCCUCGCUUCGCUCCAGAGUGCCAAGGUGAUGGCGAAGCGCGUCGAAGACGUCGAGAGACAGCUCCGGCGGCUGCAGGAGAAGCUGGAGGACGGCCGGGCCGGGAACGAGUCGCGGGGGGCGAGAAAGGAAGAGGACGAUCGCGCGCGGAGACGAAGGAAAGAGCGCGAGAGAGAAGAACGGAGACGGAAGGAGAGGGGACGAUCGGGAAGCAGAGAGAACGGGAGCGAGCGUAGGGCACGCGACAGCCACGAGGCGAGCGAAGACCGCACGGGUCCGCGGUCGGAGAAAAGCCAGAGAGACAAGGACGCACGAGGUGCGUCGGUCGCGAGAAAUGACCGGUGGAGCGACGAGGAGCGAAGUCGCAGCAGGAGCAGAUCGGGAGGCGACGAGGGGUCGGGCGGACGGGGUGCUUCGCAGAGUCCUCGGAGGCGACGCGAGCCUUCUUCGCGGUCGAAACCGAAACGGCUGCUCUCGCCUGAUCCCUUCGGCAUUGACGACGUCCUCGAACUCGCGAAAGACCUCCACGCCAGGUACCCGUUCGAAUUCCGGCUCCUCCACGUCCCGGCCCUCUUGACGGCGCUCCUUCGCCCGCGCCUUCAGCGCGCACUCCGCACUUGGCAGCCUCUCUCGCCUUCCUCGCCUUCCGCUUCUGCGGGCCUCUCGAGCGACAGCGACUUUUCCUCGCGUUUGCCGGCGGCUGUUGGGCGUCUCGUCGCGUUCUACUCGACGCUUCAGCACCAGGAGGCUGUCGAAGUGCACACGUUUCAACGGAUGCUGGCUACCGCACAAGGCCAGGAUGUGUCGCCCUCGUCGCAUGCAGCCGACUCGGGUGCGCAGUCGUGGAUUGUCCCUUUGCUUUCGGGGCGCGUCGAAGGCUCGGAGCUGCAGCGACAGUCGCAGGAGAAACUCUCGUUUCGGCUGACCUUCGAUGCGCAUACUGCCGCGCUCCGACUACGCCGGCUAACAGUGCGCGCGUCGGCGCAGGCGUAUCGCCUGGGUCUGCAUGCACUCGAGCACGUCCUUCGCCUCACCGUGUUGGAGGCGCUGCGGACAGCUCUCGUGAACGACUGGGCCCCGGACGACGGCGAGAGCGCGCGCCUGCAGGCGGAAGGGAAGUCCGACCCGAAGGGUUUGGGGCCUUCAGGAGACGAGAAAGAGGCUUCGGGGGCUUCGACGGGGGGAGGGGAUGCCCGGAUUUGCGUUGUCACUCUCGUCGAGCGCUGGCUCGGCGCGCUGCCUCCGGAGACGGCGCGCUGCCUGGUCGAAGACGUGGUUUUGCAGAAGCUCGUGCAGGCAGUCGAUCUGUGGAAUCCCGUGAAGGCGAAGACGCCCAUUCACGUCUGGCUCCAUCCGUGGUUGCCGCACCUGACUGCCCACCACCUGCAGCUGCUCUCCUCGCCGCUUCGGCUGAAGAUCGGGCUCGCCCUGGACGCGAAGUGGAAAGCCAGCGACCGAAGCGCCGUCAAUCUGUUGCUGCCGUGGGCGAAUGUGUUCGACUCCUACAGCUUCGCCGCGCUCCUCCAGCGCUCGGUGAUGCCCAAGCUCCACGAUCACCUCCUCAAUCUGCCGAUCCGACCCGACAACCAGCACAUGGACCCCCUGCACGAUGUCCUUGUCUGGGUGCCGCUGCUGCCAGUGGAAAUGCUCGUCAACCUCUUCCUCACUGCCUUCUUCCCGCGGUGGCUCCAGGUCCUGAAGGUAUGGAUCAACUCGACGCAUGCAGACUUCACGGAAAUCCUCGAGUGGUACUCCGGGUGGAAGGAAAUCCUUCCGCAGUCCCUUGUCACGCAUCCGCGCGUGCAAGGCGUCUUUGUCGAGGCGCUCCAGCUCAUGAACUACGCGUCGGCCACGCUCGGCCUGCCGGUGAUCCCUCAACCACCGUGCACAGGCCCGGCGCCUCAACCCCCUUCAGCCGUUUCGCCCUUCCCCCAUCCGCCUUCCGGUGCGGCGCCACCAGCCCCCGAUUCGAACCCAACUGGCGCCGCCGUGUUUUCGGCUGCGGCCGGCUCGCCCUACUACUUGGGGCAAGGUGUCUCCUCAUUGGGCUCUGGAGCCCAAGUAGCGCCGGAACCGGUGGCGCCGGGUCCACCGAGUCCGGCAGUGGCGAGCGACGGCGUCGCGCCGUCGCCGCCAGGCCCGAUCAGUUCACUGGAGUACUUGGAGGGCCUGGCGAAAGAAAAGGGUAUUCUGUUUAAGCCAAAGGUCGGGCGAAUCGAAGAAGGCAGACAGGUGUACGCGUAUGGACGAAUGAACAUGUAUGUGAAAGACAAAGUGAUUUUUGUCAAGGGAAAAGCCAUUUUGCACUGGACCCCCGUCGACAUCGACGAGCUCGUGAAGCUCGCAAAAGGAGAGAAGACCAGCCUCGACAGUGCGUCUUACAGUCGGAAAGGAAAGUAG